AUGGCCCCACCGCGAAUAGAGCAGUGGCGGUAUCUGCCGCAGGACGGUGCCCCCAUGCAAAUUCUGCUUUCUCCCAGCCUUGAUGGGCCAAAGUCGCAGCAUGUUCUGCAUCCUGGCGACAUCUUCACUGUUGUGGAUACCGCAACCCAAGCUGGCAUGACAUUUCUCAGACUCCAAGAUGGCCGAGGCUGGGCAUUGCAAUCCAAGCCCGUGGGCAGCUGGCUGUCAUUCUUUGGUGGAGAGCCGACGACGCUUUGCAUUCCGUUUUCCGGGUCUCAAGCACCAGAUCCGAGAGCUGGGCAAUUCAGCAGGCCGUCGACCUUGAGUUCAACACUGCCACCAGAGCGUCCGACGGUACCUCAGACGCAACUCCGCAUUGACGCAGCAGUUCCACAAAGUGGUCUUUCAAACCGCAGAUCCGAUGUCGUUGGCUUGCUGGGAAAUACUGCCCCAGGCCUUGGUGAGUCUCAGCCUAAACCUGACAGUGCCAGCAAAGCGCCGCUGUUGCACGUUCGCAUACUUUCUGCAAACGGUUUGCGGAACAUGGACAUCGGUAGCUUUUUCGGCAACAAGUCCGAUCCGUAUGUUGUGGUUCGUCUCGGAAAAGAGCAUCGUCAAACCCCGGUCAUCGACAACAAUCUUGAUCCGGUAUGGACAGACGGUCGAGACUUCACUUUCGACUUCAAUGCUGCACCAAACCUUCUGGAAUUGGAAGUGUUCAACUCCAACAUGUUCGUUGACGACACGCUGGGCAAAACAUCGCUCUCGCUGAAUGGCAUUCCAACUGGAAAGUGGGUCAGGAAAAAAGACCAGUUACGAGGGUCUUCUGCAGUUGCGCCAGCAGAAGGGGAGCUCGAGUACGAAGUCCUCAUCGAAGGAGGUAGCGAGGGCCGAGGCGCUGGGGCUAUUCUUGCGGGUGUGGCACAAGACGCCAGUGACCAGGACAUACAACCUGGCGUGUACAAGGUGAUGGCUGGGACAGCGGUGUACAGGACUUCCACCGGUUGCAGCGAUCGCGACGCCGUGGGCCACCUGGCAGCUGGCCAGCAGGUUUCCGUGCAACAGGUGCUGAACUGCCCAUCUGAGCAGAGAGUGCGUGGGCUCAUCGAUGAUCCACAAGGAUGGAUCCCGCUGCUCGACACUAGUGACGGAUUUCGAUGGGUACUUCCGGUUGUGACGAAGACUUUCUUGGUGGACAACACUUGGCUGCAAGCUUCAUGUGGUGGACUUGGCUACCGCUUCAGCAGAGAUCUGAAUGACAAGGAUGUUCGACCCGGGGAGCUGGGGGGAGCGCCAUGGAACUCUGUGGUGCGUGGCGAAGACCAAGGUGACGGCUGGCUCAAGGUGGCUGAUGGACGAUACUUGCCGAUGCGUGUCAAUGGCUAUCCAGUGCUCAAGGCAUCGGAUAGCUUGGGCUCCAAAAGCAUCGAUGAAACAGCCGCGGCUGAGGAAGAACUUGACAGGCUGUAUCGAGAGCUGAACCGUCUUGUGCCGAAGGCCGUUAAGUCCUUAGCUGCACACCUGGAGUGGGGGUGCAGGCAGGAUGCCAAUGACCCUCCUAGAGCUGGAUCCUUCGACUACACUGCACUUCUGUGUGGGCACCAAGCGGUCCUUGUGAAAAGGAAGCUGCGGCUUACGAACAAGACCAGCGGACCGGUCGCUUUCAAGGUGAAGACGACCGCUCCAAAGUCGUAUCUGGUUCGACCUAGUGCAGCAACCCUCAGUCCUCACGGCAGCGAGGAGGUCACCAUAAUCCUCCAGCCGCCAGGAGAGGGCCAGAAUCAUCGCUUUCUGGUUCAGGCAGUUGCAGUGAGUUCGUCGCAGCAAGUGAGUCGAGAGCAGUGGAGUGAGUUCAAGAAGGACCAGAUCGAGGAACAGCGUCUCAACGUUGUCCUCGAGGAGUCUGAAACAGAACCAUCAGCGCCCCAUCAAGAUAAUUAUGGGUUUGGGUGUGGUCCUGUGGAUGCCUCCAGAGCGACAGGCGGUGAGGCUCCAGUUGACUUGCAAGUAAAGUAUGAUGAGCUGGUGCAGUACACUCUCAUGCUAGAAAAGCAGAAGAAAAAGCUAGAGGCCGAGAUAGAAGAUCUGAAGUCCUCAAAGAGUUUAUCCUCCGGUGAGAGUGGUGGGUACAAUGCGUUCCACAUCGUUCUGGUGGCGCUGAUUGCUUUCAUGCUGUCCUACGCUGUGAAAUUUCUGGGCUGA